AUGACAUUCAAGGUUAACCUAAUCAUCUUAUAUAAGAAACUGUUUAACAUGCUCAAAGCUAUUGUGGAGGAAAGCGAAAUGGAAAAAAUAGAUCGCAAGCUUCUAAGAGACAAUGCAAUUAGUCUCUUAUUAGCAGGAAGGGAUACAAUUAGUUCAGGUCUCAGUUGGUUUUUCUGGCUAGUUUCAACCCACCCUUUUGUCGAAGCCAAGAUCCUUGAAGAAAUCAGAGCAAACUUCAUAACCAAUGAAGAAAAUUGGCUCAUCACUUCAAGAUUGGAAAAUCUUAACAAGCUAGUUUACCUGCAUGGAGCUUUGUGUGAAGCAUUGAGACUUUUCCCUCCGGUUCCUUUCGAGCACAAAUCUGCAGUUAAAUCAGAUAUACUCCCCAGUGGGCAUCGUGUUAAUGCAAAUACUAUGGGGAUUUACUCUUUAUACUCAAUGGGAAGAAUGGAACAAAUAUGGGGAGAAGAUUGCUUGGAGUUUAAGCCAGAAAGGUGGAUUUCUGAAAAGGGAAGCAUCAUACACAUACCAUCUUACAAGUUCAUAGCUUUCAAUGCAGGCCCAAGAAGUUGUUUGGGUAAAAAUAUAACCUUUAUUCAGAUGAAGAUCGUCGCCAUUGCUUUGCUCUGCAAUUUUCAGUUUGAGGUGGUGGAAGGGCAUAAUAAUGUGUAUCCAUGUGUUUCUAUUAUUCUUCACAUGAAACAUGGCUUGAAGGUCAAGAGACAUUUUUCCCUCACCAUAUCAUCUAACACUGAACCCAAGUCUUUUAAAGAAGCUGUGAAGGAAGAUUGUUGGAAGAAAGCUAUCAGUGAUGAACUUUUGGCUCUUGAAAGCAAUAGAACUUGGUCUCUCACAACUCUCCCUAUUGGGAAAAAGGCAAUAGGUUGCAAAUGA